AUGUUGUGUCCCGGUGUCCUCCAGCCGUCCCCCGGCCCCAUGAGGUCCUUCCUGGACCUGCACUGGCCCGUCCGCAGCCUGUGGCCCGAGACCCGGCCGCUGCUCUACCACAUGGAGCAGGAGAUGCUCCGCCACAUGCAGGAGGUGCAGCAGAGCAUGGAGCACAUGGAGAGGAUCCACCAGCAGAUCUUCCAGCAGAUCGACAGCAGCUCCGGCUCUCAGGGCGUCUUCCUGCCCAUCGGCUUCCAGGACCUGGGGCGGGACGGAGGCCGCUUCGCCCUCAGCCUGGACACCACGGAGUUCCGGCCCGAGGAGCUGUCGGUCCAGCAGGUGGGCCGGAAGCUGAGGGUGAGCGGGAGGACGGAGAAGCAGCAGGAGGACGGGAGGGGCUCCUCCUCCUUCCGGUGCCAGGAGUUCCGUCAGGAGUUCCACCUGCCGGACGGCGUGGAGCCGCAGGAGGUCAGCUGCUCCCUGGCAGGAGGCCGGCUGCAGAUCCAGGCUCCCAGGGGGCGGGGCCUGAGCGACGGGAAGGAGAGGGUGGUCCCCAUCACUGUCACCUCGGCCCCGGCUGUUACCUGCCCCCCCAGCGAGGGUCCGGGGGGGGGCAGCUCGUCCUCAGAGACCAGCACCACAGAGACUAACUGA